AGUCACUUUCUGGCAGAGGUGGGGAGAGCGCGGAUCUUUAUCUUCGCAUGUGGUGAACAGACGACUCUCCAAUAAGCAGUAAAUAUGGCGGCCGACUCUGGAAUCGAUACGUGUCCCUCUCCAGAAAAUCCGGAUUCUAGGAAAAGACCACUGGAUGGCGAUAUUGAAAAUGGAACCAUCAAAAGAUCUCAUUACGCUGAAGAUGAUGCCAUGUUUCGUGGAAGCCUGUUAGCUGCAUUAAAUGGUAUUGGCGAUGAUGAUUUGACAGUCUACCACUUCAAAAUCCUGGUGCCGAAUGUGGCAUCAGGGGCCAUCAUCGGCAAGGGAGGGGAGACCAUCGCCCAGCUCCAGAAGGACACCAAGGCCAAGGUGAAAAUGUCCAAAGCCAACGACUUCUAUCCUGGCACGACAGAGCGCGUAUGUCUGAUCUCAGGCAGCAUGAUGUCGAUAAUGGCGGUGCUGAUGUUCAUCAUGGAGAAGAUCCGCGAGAAGCCGGAGCCGGGUGGCGGGGGCUCGGGAGGAGGCGGCAAGCAGAGCAGUCCCGACAUGGACGUUAAGGUAGCGGAGCGGGACAAGCAGGUUAAAAUUCUGAUACCAAACACGACAGCUGGUAUGAUCAUUGGCAAAGGAGGCGCUUAUAUAAAACAGAUCAAGGAGCAGAGUGGGUCCCACGUGCAAAUAUCUCAAAAGGCCAAGGACCAGAGUCUCCAAGAGAGAUGCAUUACGGUUUUAGGUGAUGUGGACUCUAACUCAAAGGCGUGCUCUAUGAUCCUGACGAAGGUGAUGGAGGACCCGCACAGUGGCAGCUGCCUGAACGUGAGCUAUGCGGACAUUGCGGGCCCCGUUGCCAACUACAACCCGACCGGGUCGCCCUAUGCACACAACACGGCCGCAGUCGGAGCCAGCUCUUUCGCCGCCAACUCUAACCUCUCUAACAUGAGCCAGAUGAUGUUGAACGGUGGCGGAGGUGGCCUGGGCCAGGGUGGACUCAACCUGAGCCUCAAUCUGAACUCGCCGUUUGUGGGCACCAACCAGUCGCUCACCUCCCAGCUCAUUGACAACAUUAAGAUAAUGCUUCAUUCCCGUGGGUACUCCGAACAUGCAACCAAUGAGAUCUCAUCCGCAAUGUCCACGCUUGCCAAGUACGGCAUACUCGGCAUGGGCCUGGGACUAGGCCAGACGUCAGGCUCGAGCCUCUUGAGCGGAGGCUUCCUAGGCAUGAGUCCAAUGGACGCGACGCCUGCGCAGGCCAACGGGCUUGCCGCCUCGUCGGGUGUGUUCGGGCCGAUCGGCACCAACCCGGGCGGCCGCGGCUCACUGGACGUGCCGCCCUUCGACCCCUUCCGCCACCAGGCUGGGCUGGCCGCUACGCCCGGCGCAAUCAACAACAACUCGUUCGGUCUGGGCGCCAGUCGCGGCGGAGGCGGCGGAAGUGGCGCUAACAAGGAGGACAGCGACGUUAAGGAGACGAAGAAGGUAGACCUGAACGUUCCGGAGAUGAUAGUGGGCGCCAUUUUGGGUCCGGGCGGCCGCUCGCUGGUGGAGAUCCAGCUGCUCAGUGGUGCCAACAUACAGAUCUCGAAAAAGGGCAUCUACGCACCGGGCACGCGCAAUAGGGUGGUGACAAUUUCGGGCAGUGUGAACGCCAUCAGCACGGCGCAGUAUCUCAUCGAACAGCGCAUCAGUGAGGAGGAGACCAAGCGGCGACAGGCGACACUCAGCAUCAUACAGUAAACCGCCAGCCCACCCACCCCAUCAUUUCUCAUUGUAAAUCACCCAUUUUGUUUCAUUGCGAGUCUAAUUUAGUUCAACGUUCAGCUGUGUACAGAUCCACAUAUCCGGUACAAUAUAAUAAAAUGAAGGACUAUUUUAUUUGUCGACGUGGCGUAGUUUGGACAGUAAUGUCCACUCUACCACUUUACCACGUCGUUAAUUGAGUUAUUCUUGUCGGUACUAUUCUAGAGCUGCGCACAGCGCCACGGACACGCGCAUUUCAAUUUUCAUCAGCUGAUGCUACGCUUAUUACAUCUGUACCUUACAGUUUAUGUACAAAUACAGAUAUAAUCAGCUGAUGAAUAGUGGAAUAAAUGUUUGGUACAAUGAGAUUACUAUUCCCAUAAGUUCUAUUCUUGUCGGAUUAUUCUAGGGAUGUGUAAAGACUUUAGCACCAUGGACACGUGCAUUUUACCUUUCAUCAGUUGAUGAUACGCUUAUCAGAUCUGUAUCUUACUGUCUCUGUACAAAUCCAGAUAUAAUCAUCAGUAGCUGAUGAUACGCUUGUUAUAUCUGUACCUUACUGUUUCUGUACAAAUACAUAUAUAAUCAGCUGAUGAGAAGUGAAAUGCACGUGCUCUUAGCGCUCAUUUCGCAUUCAACUGAUGCUACGUUUAUUAUAAUCUGUACCUUGUACCUACACAGAUAUAAUCAGUAGCUGAUGAUACGCUUAUAUCUGUACCUUACUGUUUCUGUACAAAUACAGAUAUGAAACAGCUGAUGAAAAGUGAAAUGCGCGUUUUCGUGGCGUUCAAGUCUGCUCGUCAGCUGUAAUAAGUUCAAAUGGGACUGUUUAUACUCUCUUGGAUGGGCUAAGUGAGAAUAGUCUCAUAAGAACACAUGGAAAUUAUAUUUUCACUGUACCGGUCGCGUUGAUAUGUGGGGAUCUGUACACAGCUUCAUACCCAUUCAGUUUCUUGUUAGAACUGUUCUAAACAGUUGUUGAAAAAUUGAGGCUGAUCUCCCACUUUGUUGUAAUCAACGUUAUCAUCUACGAUGUUGAUAUUGUGUAAUAGAAUUUAGUUGCAAUAAUCGAGUUUUAUUGUAGUAACGAUUGUCUUCAUUUAUUUUUUAACUUACCAUGUGUUGACUUAAUUACCAUGAUGUGUUGGUAUAAUAUUGAAUGAUAGUUACUAUGUAUUCUAAUAUCAGCCAUCUUCUGUUGUUAUAUUGAAUUUUGGAACCAUCAUCGAUGGUUUGUGUCUAGAAUAAUAUUGCAAUUGGAAACAGGUUCUAAACGUUGUACGUUGUCCGGAUUUUCAGAUCCGCUAGUUAGUUACGUGUAUUGUUGUUCUUCAUUUUUCAAAGCUGAUAUACUCAGCUACUGUUAUGCUUGUUAGGCUUUAUAUAAUUAUUUUUAGAUUAAAUAUUGACUAACAGUACAGCAUGAAUAUUGAUGUGAAAAUUUUAAACAUUUUUUUAAAUAUCUGAAUGUGCACUAGCCUAUACUAGCUUUCACAGUUAUAGUCGUUUGAAGUUGAUGUUGAACUUCUUUACUGAAACCAUGGUGGAGAAAAUCGUAAUAAAAUGUAGCAUAAGUGAUUUUGUUUGAAAGCUUAUGAUUUAUUAGUUGAAUAUGUUUUCAGGGAUCGAAAACAGACUUUUUUUAUUUGUUAUGUUUUAAUUUGCAAAUUUCUGUUUCAUGUAAAUUAUGAAUAAUAAUUGUUUUUGUCUUUAGACCUGUUUAUUUCUCAUGUUUUAUGCAUUUCAUCUUCAAUUUUAUCAUUGUAUGUUUUUGACAAUGUAUUUUUGAGCACGUCUCAGUGGUUUUCAUGGACGUUAAAUCAUGCUGAUUUCAAAAAUCUUUCAAAAAUUCAUAUUCAUCUUGUCGCCAUCAUGCAUAGUACUCUCUAGUACUAUUAAUUGGCAAUUCUCAUUAUUUGCACUGCAUUGUAAAAAUCAUAUCUCAGAAACGUGAAGUAAUGCACAAUAAUUGCUCAAUGAACUUUCAAUUCUAUUGUACAAAAAUGCAGAGUGAAUUAAACUUUAAUUAUUAUUACGGGAAGUUCUGAUUUUCCUAAUUUACCAUCAAAGUGGUUAUGUAUAGUAUCUAUGAAUAGGGUUCUUGAAAAAUAAAAUUGAGUACCUAUGUGUUACGGGAGCUGUGACUUUCUACUAAGCCAACGUACUUACUCUGCUUGGGGAAAAUUUAGAGUGAACUUAUCUGUUCACGCAACACUUACUCAAAAAUUUUGAUUUUUGAUUUCAGCAUCAUACAAAUUAAACGGAUGGACAAUAUUGUUAACGAGCUGCAUAAUUGAAGAAAGCGUUCAGUAUUGGUAGUUCACAUAACAUCAAACUUGUAUACAUUAACCAGUCGAUGUUGUGUCCCCCCCCCCCUACCAACAGUCCCCAAACUACACCGCAAAACCUCAAAACUUACUUUUCCAACUUACGAGGCUGACUACUAGAAAGUUGGAAUUGAAGUUUCUGCAAUUUUCCUCCAAUCUCCCGUAGUUAGACAUAGUAUAAUGUUGCCGUUGACCUGUUUUUAUUCAUAACUAAUACUCUAACAAGACUAAGGCCUAUAAUCAUUAUUAUUUCAUUAGUAUAGUUGUAUGGAUAUUGUCAUAUAAGUGUAAUUGCAGGUUUCAGUUGUAAGGCAACAAUGACUAUUGAUGUCUUGAACCUAAUUAAUACUGUAGAUGUAAUUUCUUGGGAUGAUGUAAUUGAUCACUAACUUUUAUCACACUCACUUGAUAUUGUUGUGUGUGUGUGUAUGUUAUAAAGUAUAAAUAUGUUAUGUAUAUCUCUAGCAAUGUCUGAAGUCUUCGUGAGAGGCUGUGAUACUUUUCAUUUCAUUUUCAUGUCAAAAGAACUUCUUUAGACAGCUAAUAAUUUGUUGAAAUUUAUCAGUUUAUGUUAUCAACUCUCCUUCCCAUACAUACUUUGCAAUUAUCUAUUCAAUUUCUAUUUUUCCAAGCUGAGACAUUGACACUACCAGUAAACGUAUACAGUCCUUACACUUAUAAUUUAUUUUCUUGCCACUAAUUAUUAUACUUUUUACAAGGUUUGUAGAUAUCAAUGUGAUGUCACACUGUAUUUGACACCUUGAUACAUUUCCUUAAUAGGGUUUCUCAUUCGAUGAAUCUCAUACCUCCUGAAUGCUCGUUUCUAAUGUACAAGUUAUUUUUAUUUGUUAUCAGUGUAUAUCUGAUUUCCUACAAGAUUUAUUCCUCAAAAUUAGAUCUAAUAGUUGAUACUUGUAGAGAUUUUCCAAUCUCAUCAUUACAAAUUAUAUCAAUGGUUCCUCUUAUUGUUCUCGAUUACAAUAUCGUUGAUGUUAUUAAUCUUCUAGAAUUUUUACGACGUUUUUUUGUAUUGUUUUGUUUAGUUUUUGAAGUGGUUUAUGGUAGUCACGGAGUAGAUUGUUUAGUUUUCGAUUUGUCAUUUCUUUAAUUAUUCGAAAUCGUAUUAUCAAGAUUCUUAUUUAAUUUUGGGGUUUAAUUUGUUUGUUUUCGAUUUAGAAAAAGGAAAUUAUUACUUAUGGGAAGAAGACCAAGACUAUAGGUAGUUAGAUGAAAUUAUUUCCAAUUUAUGUCAAUGAAAACCUAGAUGGUUAGUUUAAAUAUACAUAGUUCAUUAGAUAUUAGUAGCAGAUCAAUUAAUUAUCAUACUUGAUAUAAAUGUGUAUCUAGAUUUAUCAUUUAGUAUUAGGAAUCAACAUAUUUACUUGGUAUCUAAAUGUGUAUUAAUGGUGUGUCAACUCGUUGUUGUUCUUGUUAAUGGUAUUGGAGCAGAAGAAGCUGAACAGUGGCUGGUAAUUUGUAAUUAUAAUUACCAAUGGUCCCAGAAAUGUAUAAGAGUACUCGUUUAGCAACGGUUGUAAUAAUUAUUAUUAUUCAUGUGGCAUUGCUGUGAUGUGUUGUUCAUAUCGAAAAUACAGAAUUUACUUAUUGAUAAUAUUAGUAAUGUGAUGAAGAAACAUUGAAAAUAAUGAUUGUUGGGUAUAAGUUCCAUUGUGUAGGUCUCUGAGGUGAAAGAAAUCACUUUGCUAAAGCAUUUAUCUUCAGUUCUAGACUGUAAUUUUACGCUCUUAAUUGUUCGCUUCAUGAAAUCUUUACCAAUUUCUCAUAAGUACUGUUACAUUGUAUCGAGUGAGAUCAAAAUUAUUGUUUUUAAAACGCAGUGUGCUUUGAAGUGUUUAAUUUUAACCACAGCAUGCUUUUCUCAGAUUUACUAACAACAUUUUCAAACCCCUACUGGAUAAGGUGUUGAAAUUCCCGAACGUGAUGAAUAUUCUACCCUGUUACUUAACAGGUCUUGAAAAAUUACAGCUUGAAAUGAUAUGUUUAACCCCAACCUAGGGGUCAGAUUGGUACUGUUCCAAAAAGAGUGAAGAAACAUCUUCGAUUGAGUGGCUAAUUUUUGUAUGCUAAUAUUUGAGGAUUUCAAAAUCUAACUCUAUUGUAUUAGGUAUUGAGGAGGCAGACAACAGUAAAGAAAAAUUGAAGAGGAAUAUAAUGAAGAAAUUCAAUGUUAGAAAUUUUUUCAAGUUGAUACGGCCAUACUUGUUAAAAUUAUUUUGUAUAAAAGACUUCUUUCUAAAGUUUAUAAAAAAUAAUGCAUAGUAAAUCAAAAAUUGGAUGAAUUUCAAGAAGAAAAUCAUCAGUAAAUCAACAACUUGAAUUAUAUGAGAGUUACCAGAGAAAAUAUGUUUAUAUCGACAUUUACCAAGAUGAUCUGUUUAGAUAUUCAACUCAUGGACGGAUUUCAAUUGCAUCACUGCAUGAUUAUGGAAGGGAUAUUCAAUCCCAAACAACAAAGGAUCCAAUAUAUCCUAAGUUCUGAUUAAUUGAUAAAGGUGAUACGAAGGAGUGUACACUUUUGAAAGUAACCGAGUAGGGAUAAAAAAAUGAGCUUACUCGAGAGAAGUUUGGGUACAAUAACUGAGCUUGAAAAUUAUGUUAUUGCUUUGAUACGGUCUAACAUUCCACGUUUGAUCCUCUCCCCAUGCUACCCUGAGCUAUAAAGCAUUUUACCCCACUCUUUCAACAUAAAUUUUGAUAAAUGUACUUUGGUGAUCGUGUUACCCAACACAUCAAUCAUUGUUCUAUUCUUGAGUCGUCUAUCUAAUUGUAUUGACGUGAUACCUCUAGUGAAAUUGCAUUUAAUAGACUAGAUAUUUAGACUUGAAGCAUUUUAACGUGCACCACCACCUUUCAAUCACUUUGUGUAAACACUGAUCCACACCACUUGGAUAUAAAUAUGUUGUGUGUAGAAAAUGAAUCAAUUGAAAUUUAGAUAAAACCUGAGAGUCGAGCCUUGUGUGAGCACAUCAUUGAAUUUGCACUGAUCAAUCUGGCCUACUUUCUGUCUUGGGUUUAUAUAUAAAUUUAAAAACGUACGAGUAAUAUGUUCACUAUAAGCUUAUCAAAUGUACAAAAUUACUUGAAGCCUGUUUGAAAAAAGUACGUGUAGAAUGUUACUUUAGGUUUAUCAAAUGUACAGAAUUACUUGAAGCCUGUUUGAAAAUGUACAUGUAAUAUGUUCACUAAGGUUUGUAAAAUGUACAGAACUGUAGCCUAUUUUGUUGAAACUGUUCUAAGCCUCGCUUUUAUUGUAGAAGCAUUGCAAUGCGUUCUCUGUUAUUCCAUCUAGAAAAAUCUAGUAUCACAACCGUUUUUUCCCUGUAGUUUGGAUGUUGUUUGCAGUUUCUUUUUGUUUGCUCAAUAUAAAUCAAUGUUUUGUGACAAUAUUGUUAAUAGUUACUUACUUUUAGAACAUGGGAAAAACGUAUAAACUAUAGUUUAAUGUAUAUUUUAUAUAUUAAUAUUUAUAGCGAUGAAAUUAACUUGAAAACUGUAUGGCUUAGAUUGUUUGGUUGUUUAGUGUGAACAAAGGCUGUAUUGAUGAUGACAAAAGACUGUUGGUGUAGCUGACCCAAGCGUAGUGCUUUCUUUCACCGUUGUAUCGGCCGGGGCGGUUGGCAGGGCAGGGUAGGGUAGGUGUACCCCGCGAGGGGUGCUGAGUCAGCAAAUCGCCCCCCCAAGCAGCCGCCUCCAAGUGGGUGCCGACAGAGUGCCUUAAUUCGUACAUCGUCGGCAUUCAAAAUUCAUUUUCGACAUAUUCGAUCAUCAAGGCAUUGGUUUAGACUGUGUGGUCGCGCAUGCGCCGUGUGCAUUUAUUAUUCACCCGUAGACAGUGGUUUGUAUUGAGAGGGACAUGUAGUAGGGUUCACUAAUUGAAGAGAAAUAAUACUUAGACAAGAUCAGCUUUCAAUGUUGGUUAUUUUCUGCCUAUCGCGUCAUCUCGACGGUCUAUAGAUGUUAUAUUGAUGACUCCAGUGUAACUGAUAAUAUAAUUAUGUGUCCCCUUUCCCAUAAUAUGUGUCUCUAAUCUCUCUCUGCUUAUAUUGGAGUCAUCUUUGUUUCUAGUUCGACAUAGAUUAGAGUUGAACUCGCCUAUUUCUCAGUGUUAUGCUUCGGGGUUAUCAAUUAUCACAUUGUUUAGACUUAGGGGGUUUUUGUAAUAGCUGUUGAAGGAGAUUAGAACAAUUUCUCAUGAGAAAUUUAGUAUACUCAUACUUUCAUCUUGUGUGCAAAUUAGCGGUUAGAAAUCUACUAUCAAUUAACACGUGUCUAAAUAUCGUAUUUCUAGCUGUAUAAGAUUUGUUGACGCUUCUCCGUUUAUUUUAUGUUUUCGAACAGAAGUUUGAAAUCUAAACCUGGUCGUUAUUUUUCAUCUGUCUUCCAAUUAUUUUCAAGUUUCUAAACAAAACUAAAAAUUCUGAGAAUUUCUCCUUUUUUCGUUGGAAGAUGAUGAUGAUAAUAAACGUUGUAAACCUAAAUGAUCUUCUAUUUGUUUCUAGUUGGUUGCGGAUAGAAAUUUUAAUUUUCAAAGGAAUUAAAUUUAAAUUUUGUCCAAUAUUCUCAGUUUUCCUAGAUCAAAGACCUUAAAAAUUGUUAAUUAUUUUUGAAAUGCCAUAGAUAAUUAUGUCCAUGAAAGGGCUUCUGUCUGUGAUAGAAAUUAAUUUCAAUUCAUACACAUCAUUCAUCUCCCAUCAUUGUCAAAUGAAUUUCAUUAUCAUGAUAUUAUUUUAUCAUUGAAAUGCUUGUAAAUGAGUCAACUUUUUGAUUAGUUACAGCUACAUUUCAUUAAUUCAAAUAAAUAUAUUGAAUUAUAAUAUCAUUUAUGUAAAAUAUUCAUCUGAUUUGUGACAAACGGUCGGCAACAACCAUUUUUGAGGUCAGUCAUUGAGUGGGGAGAGAAUUAUUGCUCUUAACACUUUGAAUGAAAGCUUUUAUUCUGGAACAAUUUGCUCUUUUUGUGCUCUUGGCAGCACCCUAACUCAUAGGAGAAAAUAUUUCUAAUCAACAUGAGUAAUCUGGCAUUUCAUUCAAUUGAUUAUUUUAAAACUCUUCUAACUUCUAAAACUUAUAAAAAUUGAUUUCGAGUCGUUCUACUCUCUCAUACUGACCUCGCUAUCCUCCUGGUUUUUGUUAGGAAAAGUCAUAUUUCUGGUGUAAUCAUAAACAUGAUAGCCCCUCAUUGUUCAUUAAUCAUUACAUACGAUAUAUUAUCAUUAUAAUAUUAAUAAAUUACUAUUAUUACAAAGUCUUUAUAAUGGAUAAAGUAUUGUGAUAUAAUAUGUUAUAUUGUUAUCCAACAUUGUAUGUGUUUACAUUGUUGUUAUAUUUUAUAAAUAAUAAUAAAAAGUUACCAUGUUGGAAUUAUUACCAUAACUUCUAGUUCGCAAUUUGGACAGUUGGGGAAGCAAAGAUCAAUAACUGGCUGAGUAACGAUUAAUAUUUAACGUUUAUUCUGGUUGAUAACAAAUCGUGGCUAUCUAGAGCUGUAUCUAUUUUUAAAAAUUCGUGUUUCAAUGUUCCAAACUGUUGAUCUUUGAUGUAAUUCUCAAGUAUCAAACCGGAGCCGAUCAACACUCUAACCUAGAUCAACUUUUUACAUUUGUCUUUUAACAAUAGCCUACAUUGAUGUGCAAUAAGAACUAGAUUAUGUUUGACCACAAUUUAAAAAAAAAUAGGUUCCCAAGUAAUUCAGCUCCCUAAACUAACAUAAAUUCCAAUCUCCCUUUGCAAAUUCUGUGAAAUUUAUUCUAAAGUAAUGGAAAUUUGAAUGUCACGAUUGUGUAAUGCAGUCUAGAUAGAAAGUUGAAAAUUUGUUAAAUUUCUGUGAUUAGAAUAUUUUCUUGUGCAAUAUUCAUGCGAAAAAUCAACAAAUAAAUUGUCGAUAAGUUAGUUGCUAAUUCUCUGUUAAAUUCUAUGAAUGUUAUCUAUCUCAGGCAUACUAGUGAAUAAAAGCCAGCGCUGUCCAUUCCAAUAUGUUGAUAGGCUCAUCAGUCCUAAGAUGAGGAGAUUAGCGGUACAAAGUACAAAUUAGUGGUUGUUAAAUUUGCAGAACAAAGUUUUUACGUAGUUGUUUCUCUUUUGGAUUAUUUCUCCCCUCUAUCAAAUUGAAAUCAUUUCAGCUCAAAUGAACUUUCAUUCAUGGAACAAAAAAUAGUCAGUUACAUUUCGUUUGGCUUCUAUCCGGAUUAAUUUUUGCUUUUCAUUUAUUAAAGAUUUAGUAUUAAAUAAAGGAAGCAGUUUUACCAGUCCACGCUUUUAAAAAUAAUGUGUAAUUUUGAGGCUCUAAGUAUCAAUCGAUGUUAUAGAUGUUGAAAAUAUAAAUUUUAAUAAUAGUUGUAUUGACUACAAAUAUUAUGUGUUGUUAAAAAUUCAAAUUUUGGUUCAAAAUCAUAUUGUUGUCUAUUGCAUCUUUAAAAUAAUAUUCAUUAGUAGUUGAUUGAACUUGAACACUUUCCUCACAAAAAAUUCAUUUGGUGUUGUAAAAUAAACUGAAUUUGAUAUUCUAUUCAAUAUAAUUGACAUAAUAGUUUGAAGAUUCACCCCCUCAUUCGGUCAUUCAUGAUUCAAUACAAAGAAUGACAUUCGGAAUAAUGCCUAAAUGCCACAAUUAUUUUACUAUUAUGUUUGAAGGAAGAAAACUUAUAGAUUUUAUGUUAAUUUGGUUUCUUCUAAUCACUGUUGAGUCUAUAAAAUUUGAGUUCUACAUGUUACUCAUUCAUCUCAUUAAUGUAAAUAAAAGUGUGUGAAAUACAGUAAUCUGGUAUUAACACAAUAAAUAUAUUAUAUUAUUUAUCAAAUAUAUUAUUUUUGUAACAUAAAUUGAAGUCUACGGUUAAAUAAACUGGUAACUAAAUGUACUUAAGAAGCACACAUCAGUUUUGAAUGUUACACUCGUGGGAUUUCCAAAUAGAUGGUGGAGGAAUUUGAAUUGUUCGGUAUGAUCCUAUUUGAUCAGGAAAUUCUUAUAAAAUCUAAACUUUCUAAUAAUUGUGUAAAAACAGGGUGGAAAUUCUGGUUAGUUGGUUACCACUUUGAAAUGCUUUCCAAAAUCCGUACAAAAUUCAUUGAGGCGAAUAUUUGGAAAUCCCAUAUAUGGAAAUCGAUUAUAUACCAGAAUGAUAGUCUAUUAUUAUGAUAAUAAAAAUAAUGAUUGUUGUUAUUGUUGUAUAAAUUAUAAUUCUGCCAUAGGUAAAAUAAUUAAAUAUAAACAUAUACAUAUUAUAAAUUGUUGUUAUGGAUGUUGAAUAAUAUGUACUUCCAGAAUAAAAAUUGAAGUCAAUGGAAAAUUAUGAUUGUUUUAUGACAAACCAUCAUCUUGAAUCAUGUAAAAAGCUAUUACCUGAUUAUCAUUCACAUUUCUUGUUAAAUUAAUUCGUAUCUUUAUCUACAUUCCAUUCGAAUCUUCAUGUUAUGUUCUUAUUACUCACUAUUACUGGUAAAACAUUGUUGUAUAUUUUGUUAAGUACAUAUUUCUCAUUGGACAUGACGUUUUUUUAAAUAGCUUUUUCAAUCUCGUUUUUAUUUACUUCGUUUUUAAAGAUAGUUUUGAUUUGAAGGUCAGUCAAUUCCAGUAAAAUAACUGCAGAAAUUUAUUGUUGAACCAUUCAAUGGAAAUUAUUAACAAAAAUUGAAAUUUAUCUAAUGCUAUAAAAUAGAGUUGUUUGUAUUGACAAUUCUAUUGUUUUUGAAAUAUUAUAAUCAGUAUUAAAUUUCACAGUACUGUAAUAUUGUUUACUAAUGAUUUUUAAUAUUUUGUUUUCAAUGUGAAAUUAACAAAAUUAUUUUUAAUAAUACUAACUGAAAAAUUGUAAUUUUCAGCAAUUUCAGAAUCGUUCAAUAAUAUCUAUCAUAGUACAAAGAAUAUGUUUCAUCAUUACUUCUUGGAACAUUCAUCCAAUUAUGUACCUUAUAAUAUUUUUAUUUAAUUCAUGCUUUACAAUUGGAAAAAAAACUUGAAAAUAUACUUGACGUUUGAAAUUGGUGGAAAUUUUACUCUAAACGGAAGGUUCAACAUAACAAAUUUCAUUGCAUAGUCGUGUUAUUUAGCUGCAUAAUUUUUAACUUGUAUGUAAUAAUAUUCAAGAAGAUUAGUGGUUAGAAUAUGAAUGAAGCAUUUCAAGAAUUGUCUACUAAUAAAAUAAUGCUAAUUAGAUGCGGUUUUGAAAAAAAUGUUUUCUCAGGUUACAAUUUAUUUUUUGUUUUCAAGUUAUAUUAUUUUUAGUUCGGUUCAACGAAUGCUAUUUCAGUUUUCUGUUUUAUUUGUGGUCACAAAUCAUUCAAUUCAAUUUUUAUUUUGCGGGUAAUCUGAUCAAGAAUUUAAUAUGGAGUACUUAUUUCUUUUAAAGGUUUAUAGGUUUUAGUUAUCUUUCCAUAAUAUAUAUUCUUUAUUUUAUUAUCUGCUAUACACUUACAGUUUCUUGCUGCAUUAGUUUUUAAAUUCAUAUUGUUUUAUAGUUGUGUGAGCUCUUUAUCUAUUUCAUCAUAACAUCAAUAAAUAUAUCAUGUUCA